GGCAAACCCAAAACUUAUCCGCAGCAAUAAGCCACACAACAGAGCACUCCAUUUCCUCACCCUCGAGCCCAAACCAUACCCAGAUGCCAGAAGCCGAGGCUGAGCUAGUUGCCUCUCUCGAAGAGGAUCUCCAGAAGAAGAAGCUUCUCGAAGAGGAGCCCGUGGUUGAAGACGUCAAGGACGAGGAGGAGGACGACGAUGAUGACGAGGACGACGAGGACGACGAGAAGGAAGAUGGGGCCCAAGGUGCAAAUGAGGGCUCAAAGCAGAGCAGAAGUGAGAAGAAGAGCCGCAAGGCAAUGUUGAAGCUCGGAAUGAAACCCGUUACUGGUGUUGGAAGGGUCACCAUUAAGAGAACAAAAAAUAUAUUAUUUUUCAUCUCAAAGCCUGAUGUCUUCAAGAGCCCAAAUUCGGAGACCUAUGUCAUAUUUGGGGAGGCGAAGAUAGAGGAUUUGAGCUCUCAGCUGCAGACACAGGCUGCACAACAGUUCAGGAUGCCAGAUAUGGGGUCGGUGAUGGCAAAAUCAGACAUUUCUGCUGCAGCUGCUGGAACACAAGCAGAUGAGGAAGAGGAAGUGAUUGAUGAGACUGGGGUGGAGCCUCGAGACAUUGAUUUGGUGAUGACUCAAGCUGGGGUGUCAAGGAGCAAGGCUGUUAAGGCUCUUAAGACUCACAAUGGGGACAUUGUCAGUGCUAUCAUGGAGCUCACCACCUAGGUAGCCUUAAUAGUUCACUUCUCAGUCUUUUCUGAGGAUGAGUUUUUGGUAUUGAUACCACUAUUUUGUUUAUCGUAGUUAAAUUGGCUCCUAUCUAUUAGGUGGCUAGACUUUCCUUUUUCUUUUGGUUGAACUUAGACAAUUUGCAUAACAAUGAGGGUCUGCAAUAUGCCCCCUUCUCUGUUAUAUUUCUUUUCACACGCUUAUUGCUCUUUCCAUUAUUCAUUCCUUUUUUUUUUUCUUUA